AUUUUGUUAAAAAUUGAACUUUUAUACAUGCUACCAUACCAACAUAGAAAAAAUAAUUGGUUUCCUGAGCUUAUAUAUAGUCUUGAAAAACUUCAUAACUUGAUCGAAAAGGUGCAAACUAAUAUGUGGGAUGAAUCUUUUGAAGAAUUUAAAAAAAUAAAAACUGAAGAAGAGAUAAUUCAAGAAUUUGAUGAAAAAAAUAUUUUAAAUGAAGCAUCUACAAAUAAGCUACGUGAAAUUAUAAAAGUAAGAAAAACUAAAGAAGAGAUAAUUCAAGAACUUGAAAUUUUUUUAAAUAAUGAAUCACAAGGAUAA